UGACAGUAAACAAUAAAUUUUUAAUUUAAUAGGUUAGAAUUUUGUUUUCAAAUGGAAAUAAAAUAAUGGAAUUCAAAAAAAUACAUGUUAAGUACCUACUUUCAUAAAGUUUGCAGUCCAAUAAGUGAUAGAUAAGAUUUUUUUGCAAAAUGGCAUUGUGUAGAAAUUGGAAAACGUAUUCUUUACAAGGAUAUCGCUCGUUUAGCAUCUUGUGUAGACAGUGCGACGCUAGUGCAUUGAAGAUACACUCCAACGUAAAUGUAAGCCCAAAGAGACUUUUAUUCUGGGAGAAGGAUAGAAAGGGUGGCUAUGAUGCCAAGGAAAAAGUUUCAACCCUUCAACAUAUUAUGAAAGGUUUUAAGGAAAUUAAAUCAGAAUUUAAAUUGCUAGGAGAAGAAGCAAAAGAAUUUUUAGCUGCUGACCCCUUACUUAUAGCUAGACCAGGCGAAACAGACUUGCUAUGGUGUUUCAACGAGCCCAAAGUCCUGGAGCAGUUCGUGACCACGAGCGACAGUGACCACAACCAGGGCUACAGCUCGUGCUCCUUCAGCCCGAGCCCGGCCGGCCGCGCGCUGUUCCACGGGUACCUGGACACCAGGGUGCCGAAGGACGGCAGGGUCAAGAAGGCUGGAUACUGCGCCUUGAGGUCACAACGCACACGGAAAGCAUUCAAACGCGAGGCGACGUACAACUGGCACCUCUACAACACGCUGGUGGUGAAGCUGCGCGGCGACGGGCGCUCCUACCUGCUCAACAUAUCGUGCGAGGGCUACUACGACAUCACGUGGAACGAUAUCUACCACUACGUGCUCUUCACUAGGGGCGGACCUUAUUGGCAAAUCGCUAAGAUUCCGUUUUCAAAGUUCAUUUUAGGCUCAAAGGGGCUGAUACAGGACAAGCAGAGUCGCAUGCGCCUCGACCGCGUCACGCACUUCGGCAUCUCGUGCGGGGAUAAGAUCGACGGGCCUUUCAAUCUUGAACUUGAAUAUAUUGGUUUAGAAUUUGACCCGACACACGACGAAGACUUCGCUUACGAAAUGUACAAAACUGAUAGAUACAUAGUUGGAGUGUAAUUAUUGUAUUAGUUUAACUAAUUAAAUACGUGAGACAAUUA